AUGGUCAAGUCGGUUCGGUUAUUGAUUGAGCGUGACAUAAACGUGCAUCAAGUACUUCAAGUCCCAAAAAACGCAACAACCGAACAGAUAAAGCAAGCUUAUCAGAAGCAAGCGUUGUAUUAUCAACCUGCAAUGCAAGCAAAGUUAAGCAGUCAAGCACGGGGCCGUUUCAAUUUGGUCCAGAUGUGUUAUCGAAUACUCUCCAAUCCGUCAUUAUUAAAAGAGUAUAAAGCUCUAGUCCGUGAUUUAAAGGGUAAACCUGCUAAAAUCUUGAAGAAAUCUGUGGCGAUCAAGAAUUUUCAGCGAAAGUUGAGGGAGAUAGAGCUACUGGAGCAAGCAGAAGCAGCCAAAAAGCUCAAAAUGCGUCUUUUAGGAGCUCAACAACGUCGGUCAUCUACGAACAUAGAGCAAUUGCAAGAAGAGGGAAUUGAAAAACGCCGAGUUUUUGAGAAAGAGAGAAUUGCUAGAGAACGCAAUGCAAACAGGAGUAUUUAUGAUUUACCUCUUCCUGAGAAACUCCAAUUGGACACGCGUAGACUUUACACAGGUCGGUUAGAAUACAAACUGAGCUACGAUAUGGAUAUGGAUGAGAGUGUCAUUCGAAAGAUUAUGAGUACUUUUGGCGAAGUUGAACAGGUGGAGUUGCUAGAAGCUACUACUGAUGAUGAAUGUGUGUGUGCAUUGGUUGAAUUUGGUGAAAUGAAAGUUCUAGAUGCAGCAGCUGAAUACAACUAUUCAUCAUUACGGAGAUGGGAGGGUACAGAUGUUCAACAGUUUGCAAGCUUGCUACGAUCAUGCAAGAAAUCCUUUGGUCCCACUGGAGCCGACUGGACAAAUAAUGCAACAGUAAAUGCAGUGCUUACUCAAUAUCUACAGCCUGUGCCUGAUAGAAACGAGGUAGCGUUUGAGACGCUUUCCAAUCUGGUUAAGACACCUUUUAGUCAGAGUGAGGCACCUCCUAUUAGACUGAGACAUCUCCAAUUAGGCUGA